GCACCAGGAUGAGAUGCACUGGAGGGUAUCGAGUGCUGAAAACUACUCCCGCAUGAGGCUGAAGCUGGUCCGUAACUACAACUUUGAUGCUCACAGAGAAGCCAGUGCUCUGAGAGACAACCUGGGUGUCCAUCAGCAGCGUUUAAACCCAGAGUCUCUGCUGCUGGAGGCUGUGAAGCAAGUCAAAGUUAGCGACCUGGAAGAUGACAUCCUGGAGCUGCCAGAGGACGAUCCUGUUGCUGCCAACAACCAGGUUGAAGCAGAUGAGGCGGGCCAGAAGGAGAAGCUGGUGUUGUGGGAGGAUUGUGAGCUGGUGACGAUAGUGGACGUGGUUCCCGGCCGCCUGGAACUCACCACACAGCACAUCUACUUCUAUGAUAGCAGCCAGGAGAAGGAGGAAGCCUGGAUUCUAGCGGACUACACCUCAGAGGAGCUGGACCUUUCUGAUCCUCGGGUAUUCAGGGACCUGUCAAAACCAGUCGCUGUGCUUAAUGAACGCAACGCAAAGGCGGUUAGAGAAAAGUAUGAAAGUUUUGAAGACCCGACAGGAACCAUAGACAGGUUCCAUUAUGGCACCCACUACUCUAACGCUGCCGGCGUCAUGCACUACAUGAUCAGGGUGGAGCCCUUCACGUCGCUGCACAUCCAACUACAGAGUGGACGGUUCGACUGUGCCGACCGUCAGUUCCACUCCAUCCCAGCCACAUGGCAGACCCUCAUGGACAACCCCAACGACGUGAAAGAGCUCAUCCCUGAGUUCUUCUACUUCCCAGAGUUCUUAGAAAACCAAAAUGGAUUUGAUCUGGGUCGCCUGCAGAUCUCCAAGGAAAGAGUAAAUGAUGUUGUUCUGCCCAAAUGGGCCAAGUCCCCUGAAGACUUCAUCUACAAGCACCGCAAAGCUCUGGAAUCAGAGUAUGUGUCAGCCCACCUCCAUGAGUGGAUUGAUCUGAUCUUUGGUUACAAACAGAGGGGCCCUGCAGCGGUGGAAGCCCUCAACGUCUUCUACUACUGCACAUAUGAGGGGGCGGUGGACUUGGACGCCAUCACUGAUGAAAAGGAGCGUAAGGCUCUGGAAGGCAUGAUCAGCAACUUUGGUCAGACACCCUGCCAGUUACUCAAGGAGCCCCAUCCAGUGCGCCUGUCUCAGGAGGAAGUGGAGAAAAGGAAAGCUCAGUUGGACUCGUGUCCUCUCAGCAUGUUUGAGCACCUCAGUGACCUCAAGUCCUUCUUUGUUGAGGGCAUCAGUGACAGUGUGCCGCUGGUUAAGGUUGUGGUCCCAAAGAAUCAGUCACAUUCCUUCAUCACCCAGGGGAGCCCAGACACCAUG